UCAAAUGGCAGGCAUCAUGAUACCACCUGGUCAAGUGCUUCUAACUAGCGUGACCCAAUCACAUUACGGUAAUGCCCGUAUGAUAAACUGUAUCGAAAAAUGUGGGGACAUCUCUACAUGUCACAGUAUAAAUUGGUACAGAGAUCUGGGCUUGUGUCAGCUGAACAAUGACACUCAUCUGUCUUAUCCUGAGGGUGUUGUCUCAAGCUCAACUGGAAACUACAUGAUUUAUGGAAUUCACCCUAUGAAAACAUGUAGCAACCAGAUAUGUGAAGAACCAAGAGUUUGUUUGAUGGAGGAAGAUGGGCUUCACUUUAAAUGCAAAGAUAAUUGUACUUCAGCAUUGGGAAUGCAAGAUGGCCGCAUUAGAGAUUCUCAGAUUAGCGCAUCUUCAUCGUAUAGAUACGACCACGKACCUCAAAAUGGUCGUUUGCACUCGAGUGUCGGGCAAGGAAUUUGGGCUCCGGCAUCCUUAAGUCUUCCACAAUAUCUUCAGAUCGACAUAGUCAAGUCACAUAUAAUAAGCCUAGUUGCCACACAAGGACGAGAAAACCUUGUUUCUCAGUGGGUGACGAAGUAUUACCUCAUGUUUUCCCAAGAUGCUCUUGAAUGGGAAGCAUACAAAUAUGGAGGUAGUUUGAAGGAAUUCCAAGGCAACGUGGACAGGUCUUCARUUGUAACUCACAAGCUCCCAUCUCCGAUUAAAGCGAGYGGUGUUCGAUUUGUUGUUCUAGAAUUUUAUAGUUAUAUUGCUAUGAGGGUGGAGCUCUAUGGAUGCRUUGCYUGAUAGACUUUAGUAAAUCUUCCAUCGAUCAAGUGGAUAAUAUUUGUCAAGCAAGAAUAAUUUAGUCAUCAAGUUAGACAACUUGAGUGAUGUUCAUAGCACUAGGGAUUGAACUUUGUGUACAAAUUUAUUGAAAGACGAACAAGUAAAAUU